GUUCAUUCUUAAGAGAGAGAGAGAGAGUUGUUGUCUGCGCGAUGUCACUUUCUGUCGGCAUUGUCUGAGUUCCGACACAAGACUUGUUUUCAUUAUCUUCUCUUCACGUUCGAGUUCUAGAAACUGCCGCGGAGAUAGAUUUGAUGUUUCAAAGCUCCUUUUCUUCUCGAACUCUCCCUUUUUAACAUUUUCACACCAAAUCUUCUGCAGAUUCUUGUGAUAUGUAAUCUCCGAUGAAGUUUAUCGCAUGGUAGUAAAAGUUUGGAGCAUCGCUGAGAAGCUAUUUUGUAUACAAAUGUCAGCCGUUCCUCUUACAGCAGCCAUUGGAGGUGCUGUUGGAGCUCUUGCAUUGUCUGCUCUCUUGGUUUUUCUCCUAUGGUUUUGCAUCAUUCGUCGCAAAAAUGCAUCAAGAACUUCUGAGUCAGGCUCUUCUGAUCCAUCAACUCAAGAAGGAAGAAGUGUUGCAAUGGACUUGUCAAUGAGAGAAGCAAGAAGGUUUAAGGUGGAGGAACUUGCUCAAGCCACCAAGAGUUUCACCAACAAAAGCCUUAUUGGUAUAGGCAAAUUCGGCGAGGUUUACAAAGGUUUGCUUCAAGAUGGUGUUCUUGUGGCCAUCAAGAAACGUCCAGGCUUGCCAACACAAGAGUUUGUUAACGAGGUUCGUUAUCUAUCGUCUAUUAAUCAUCGUAAUCUUGUUACUCUUUUGGGUUAUUCCCAAGAAAACAACACGCAGUUUCUUGUCUACGAGUAUGUUCCUAACGGAAGUGUUUCCAGUCACCUGUACGGUGCUGGUGAUAAAGUAUCUGGAAAUAGACUAGAGUUCAGGAAUAGGCUUGCCAUAUCUAUAGGAGCAGCUAAAGGCUUGGCACAUCUUCACUCACUGAGUCCCAGGUUGAUACACAAGGACUUCAAAACAGCUAAUGUUCUUGUGGAUGAGAAUUUCAUUGCCAGAGUUGCGGAUGCUGGAGUCCGUAACUUCUUGGGAAGAGAUGAUGUUGUUGUUGGUACAUCGUCUCUUGAUGCUGCAGACCAGAUCUUCCUCUCACCAGAGGUUCAAGAGUUCAGAAGAUUUUCAGAGAAGAGUGAUGUCUAUGCUUUUGGGGUGUUCCUCUUGGAGUUAGUAAGUGGAAGAGAAGCAUCAGAACCAUCCCCUUCAAGCUCAACACAAACUCUAGUAGAAUGGAUGCAAAACAUAAGGGAUUACAAGGAUAUACCCAUGAUGGUAGAUGAGAGACUAGGUGGUACAUACACAGCAGAAGGAGUGGAGGAGGUUAUUACACUGACACUGAGGUGUCUUAAUGUUUCAAGCGAGAAGAGACCAGCAAUGAGUUAUGUUGUGGCAGAAUUGGAGAGAAUAUUGGAUAAGGAAGUGAGCUUAACAACAGUAAUGGGUGAAGGUACUCCAACGGUUACUCUUGGAAGUCAGCUUUUUAAAUCAUCAAACUGAUGAAAAAAUUGGAAUCAUCUUUGCAUCUAUAUUUAUUUAUAUAUAAGAUCUCUGAUUCUCUGAGACAAAAACUAAUCAGAGAUCUUAAGAGGAUGAAGAUUGAUCAGCUGUUUUGUGUUAAGUGUACAAACAACAGCUGAACUAUUCUUAUUAUUCGUUUGUUUUUUCCCCUAUUUUACUUCCAUUGGUGGUUACUUUCAGCAGAUUAUUUUUGACAGUGAGUGCAGAAAAUGUAACUUUGUAAAAACAUUAUUUAUUGAUGAUAUGGAGGAAGCAAAGAGUGGAAUGGUGUGUGAUUCUUUUUGUUAUUGUUGCCAUAAACAAAAAUAGACACUCGCUAUAUCAUUAAAUAUCAAGUUUGGACCAGCAAAAUUAGAGUUUACUUUCUUCAUAAAAUGUUAUAGUUUAUAACUAACCAAACUGGUCUUUAUCAAAAGAAUCCCAUUGGUUAACAGUUGAACUAGCAGAAGAUGAUAACUCUCCUGUUUCAAGAACCCUAGGCUACUACUACUUAUUAUGUUUGGACCCAAACACUCAGAGUUACUUUUCCUAUAAAGUAGCAAUUUAUGGAAAUUAACUUGACCUUAGCUUUCAUUCAACCUACCUAUAUGCGUUAUAGCCGUUUAUAGCCAAAGAGACAACAACAACCAAAUUGUCAAAAGAUUCCAAUUCCAAAUUGGUAGUGAAAUUUUGUCAUGCAACUCAGUUUUCAUGUCUCUUGACUUAUUGCAAAAUUUGACUCAGAGCUCUGUUUUUUAGUAAUCACUGUCCCUAGUUUUGCUAAAAACCUUUGUGGGCACACAGAACUAUAGACAGUCUUUGAACAGAUCGAAAAUCAUGUAUGGGUCUGAUUUUGUGUCGGGAGGAAAGAUAUAAUGAUAAAGACUUUUUGUGGAUGGUGGGUCUCGUUUAUCUAUCUUCUAGAUAUUGACCUCACGAAGAAACAAAAAACAUUACUGUUGAUUGAUACCACUCGCAUGUAUUAUUUACACUUUUGAUAAGGGAGUGUAAAAGACAUUCAAAAUAAGAUUUGGUCGAAAAUAAAUACACCAAAUAGUCUGAAGAUGUGUUAGUAAUCUCUUAUAUUGAAAACUGAAUAUUGCAUUAGAAAAACACUUGAAAUAUCAUAUCAAAUAUUAGAUAAAAAAAAAUUAGUCCUCAAAUCUUGACAUUCGAUUAUAACAGGGACAUAUCCAAGUAACUACCAACUCAUAAAAAUAAGGUGCAUAAAUAGUCUUUGACAUACUUUUUUUUCCUUUAUCAACUAGAUCAACAAGGCCCAAUCUAUAGUCAAUCAUACAGUGCGAGAACCAGUGCCGGUCCUCAAUACAAGCCAACCAAGCACAUGAUUGGGGCCUUGUGUUUAAAUGAGUGCUUUACAUGUUUAGUUACUUUGGGCUAUCCUUCUUACACUUUUAGGUACUUUGGACUUGGGUGUACUUUGGGCUCUCCUUACAUUGUAGCAAAUCAAGUUUAAAUCAGAUUCCAUCAUUCUCACCUCCUGGUGUUUCUCUAGUUGGUAAUCACUAAUCAAGCACCAACGAUGAAGAUAAAUCAACAAUGAUUCUUCAGUUGGCAAGUCAGAUGAGGAAUCUCAGUCCAGUUUGGAAAAGAGUUGUGAUAAUGGUCGCUCUCUAGUAGACCAAGACGCACAGUCAUCUUCCUCAAACAAUGGGAGUAAAAGGCCCGUACGUGUUGCACCAAAAUGAUAGCAAAGACCUACAGGACAACGAUGCAUACAACUUCUACCUGGUUAACCAAUAAUGAGAAUGUGUUUUUUGUAGGAUCGAAAACAUAAAAUCAAAGCUGCAGCGGCAGAACUUUGCACCAUUGACGGGCAGCAUAAAACUGCAAGAAACAUAAUUAACAUCAUUUGCUAGUGUAACAUCAAAGCAGCAGUAGCAGUGAAGUUACAAAGGCAACCACUUGUAACCUAUAUUUUAGCGCUACAGAUUUAUUUUAAGAUUCACUGAUGAGACCUCUAAAACAUGUUUACAGGUGCAAGAAACAUAAACAUAACAUCAUUCGCUAGUGUAACAUCAAGAACACCAAGCACACCAGUAACCAUCAAAGAGCCUGGCAUGAGAAGGAAGAAACCAUGCCGAGUGCUUCUGUCGACAACCAGUGUACGCAUCUACUGGUGGAAUUGUUAUGUAUAAUAAGCUGAGUGUUGUGGUGCGCAAGUAAAACUCGAACUUUGGCUUUGUGAAUCCAUGUGACUGAUAAUGAAUGUGUCUUUCAUAGUUUACAUCGUUUGCUGACUCAGAGAACACAGAAAGAUACAAAAAAGAUUGUGAUAAAAUAUCUCUCCCAAGAGGGCGAUUUUCAUUCUCACAUGUUAUCCUUAUCCUUUUAAAAAUUAUCUCUACUUUUUGUUCAAUUUUUCUUUUAAAUAAAGUUUGGAUCAGUGAUUUCUGACCGUUGGAUUAUCAAUUAUUGAGUCAGUAUAAUUACAUUUACUAUUUUUUUUUUCUUUUUUUGGCAACCAAUAUACAAAAUGUAUCUGAUCUGCUCUGGCUAUAAGUAUAGCAUAUGAACUUGUCCAAAAACACAACCAAAUAUCCAAAAUCACUAAACCAAUCCUCUUACAGGCAUAAAAAUGCAGGGAGCUUUGUGCAUCAAACCAACCGUUCUUCCACUUUCUUCUCCAAAGCUCACUCUUCUCCCUCCUCAGACCAUCUCCACCACCAAACC